AUGACCCCAGUUAGUUAUCAAGCAGGUGAUAAUGCCUUUGUUGAUCAUGAAUUAUCAGUCAAUUUAGAUUCAACUGAAGCAUUUGAAGGACCAGAAAAGUUAUUAGAAAUUUGGUUUUAUCCAAGUGAAAAAGAUAUUCCAAACGAUCAAUCAUUAAGAAACAUUGAUUAUGAUUCAUGGAGUAAGAUCUUGGAUUUAGUCAAUUGUAAAGUUUUAUCAAUCAAAUCAUCAUCAAAAGUUGAUGCUUUUUUGUUAUCUGAAUCUUCAUUAUUUGUUUAUAAUCAUAAAUUGAUUUUGAAAACUUGUGGUACAACAACUACUUUACAUUGUUUAAGUUCAUUAUUUCAAUUAAUUCAAAAUAAAUUAGGUUGGAAUUUUUUAAAUGAAAAUCAAAAAUUUGAACCAUCAAAAGUUUUCUAUUCAAGAAGAUCAUUCAUGUUCCCAAAUAAACAAAAAUCAAUUCAUAAAAAUUGGACUGAUGAAGUUGAUUAUUUAAAUCAAUUUUUUGAAAAUGGUUCUCAUUAUUUGAUUGGUAGAAUUGAUAAUAAUCACUGGCAUUUAUAUACUACUAGUCCAACUUCAGAAAAAGAAACAAUUCAUCAUGAUGAAGAUGUUGAUGAAACUUUUGAAAUUUUAAUGACUGAAUUAUCACCAGAUCGUGCAUUACAAUUUCAUACUUCACGUAAACCAGGUUUUGAAAUCGAUGAAGAACAUGAUUUAGGUCAUUUCUUGGGUCAUUCAACUUCAAACAAUACUGGGUUAAACAAUGUUUAUGGAGAAGUUGGUGAACAUGAUGCUUUUGCAUUUACACCAUGUGGUUAUUCAUCAAAUACUAUUUUAAAUGAUGAUUCUUAUUAUACUUUACAUGUUACACCUGAAAGAGAUUGGUCUUAUGCUUCAUUUGAAACUAAUGUUAAUCCAUUAAAGUAUGGUAUUACAAAUGUUGAGGUUUUACAAAGAGUUUUAAAUGUUUUCAAACCUCAUAAAUUUCAAUUUACUUUAUUUAGUUCAGGUACAGGUGAAGAUUUUGAAGCUUUAAGAAAAUUAGAAUCUUUGAAAGGUUAUAAAAAAGUUGAUAAGAUUUUAUAUGAUUUAGACAAUUAUUAUUUGUUAUAUGUCAGUUAUCAAAUUGAUGAAGCUCACUUAAUUAAUAGCUUAUCAAUCAAUGGUGGUAACUAA